GAAACUCCUCUAGAAAUUGCCAGACCACGUGCUGCUUCUCUUCUUGGCCCGUUAGCUCAGCAUCUUGGUCAAGACUUAACUCGUCGAAGGGCAUAUCGUGAUUCAAGCUGGCUUGGUGCUAAGACCAGAGCUCGUGACUCUACACUUUAUCGACUAGAACGAGAGGCCUGGGAUCCGCGGGAUGUAGAACUUACGGGAGCCUUAGCUAAUGGUCAUGGUUCGGAAGUACUACAAGGUACUUUUCGUCGGACUCCGGUUGUGGUAAAAAUGCUUAAACUACGAAACUCAACCAUAAGACAGGCUCGUGAUUUUAAGGAGGAAUUCACUCGUUUGCGCAUCUUCAAUCAUCCAAAUAUCCUCCCCGUACUCGGCCUCUUCACGGAUACUCCUCGCCUUUGUCUCGUCAGUGAUUUUAUGCCAUAUGGAAGUCUUUUUGAUGUGCUGCAUAACCAACAAUUAACGCAUCAACGUCAGACUAAACUUGCCCUCUCGGCUGGUGAGUAA